AUGCUCGCCCGAUACUCUUACUGGCCGGUAUUGGCUAACCUCAGGCCAUACUCUUUCUCCACAAGGUCGUUGAGAGUCCCCCAAAAUACAACAUUUUCAACACAUACUUGCAAUGUACUUCGAAGGAGCGGUCUUCCAAGACUGAAGGUUUAUAACUUCUCUUCUUCUGCAACGUCAAGUAGGGAUUCUGCUGUAGCAGUAGAAGCGACUGAAACUACUUCUACUGCUUCACAUAAUACUUCAGAAUCUCCGACCUCAAAUCCUCAAACUAUCCCAACUUUUCAAACCGGAUUCUCCUUAUACGCAAAACGUGCCCCUCGCCCAUUCCCAAAACCAUGGAUAAACCCCCCGACCUCAUCCUUUUCCGAACCGCUAAGUGUUCAUAGUACCUCCCUCUCCCGGCGACCUCUUCAUCCUCACCAACAUCAACUGUAUACCCCCGCAUCAUCAACUCCCAAUGAAAACGCUGCAGCCGAGGCAUCAGCUCGUACCACCCGUUUCCUUCGAGGUUACACAAACGGAGACGAUGCAUUACUAAUUCACGAUAAAUACCUCGCCGUCGCAGACGGUGUUGGAAGUUGGAACAUGAAAGAAAAGGGAUAUCCGGCCUUAUGGUCUCGAUUACUAGUACACUACUUCUCAAUCGGUUGCGAACGAUUCUUCAACCGCGGUAGACGCGGUAGAAAGAAUUCUUCAUCACCAGACCAACCACAACCACCCAUUACUGCUUCAUCACCACCAAACCAUGACGAUCCAGUGGAUGUUCGUGUAAUCCUCAACGACGCUUUCGAGGCAGUCGUAAAGGCUACGGGAUACAUAACCCCACCGAAGACUCCACCGCAGCCGGAGGAGUCCCCGUUCGGAUUGGUUACCGGUCCUACGUCUAAAACCCAAAGGUUUCAUGGGACUACGACUUUUACGGGGUGUUUGUUGCAUGGUGGGAAGUUGCACGUGGUUAGUAUUGGGGAUAGUCAUUGUUUGGUGUUGAGGCCUUCGUCAACUUCUACCACUGCCGACACUUCUACUGCUACAUCUGAUACACCAUCUGAAGGUAGUAGUGGAAGUGAAAGCGAAACAACCAGCGAUCCCGGAUUUCUAUUAAGAACCACAGAGCAAUGGCAUUACUUCGACUGUCCCCGUCAACUAGGAACAGAUAGUCCAGACACCCCACUCGGCAACGCCACAGUCUCCACAAUCGACGUCGAAAACGGCGAUAUCAUAAUCCUGGCCACCGACGGAAUGCUAGAUAACCUCUGGGAGGAAGAAGUAAUAUCCAUAAUCUUACAUACUUUGACAAAAACCUCUUCACCAGGCGGAGAAAAGGAACCAUGGGGUAUGGAAUUGGGUCAGAUCAUGAAGAAGAAGGGGAAGAAAAGAGUGGAAGAAGGUGUAAACGUGGCUUUUAGAGAGUAUUUGGCCAAAAAUGAGGAUUUGUUACCGGGUGCUGAGGACCCUAUUGAAGGUGGAGAAUUAAUGACGGGGAUUGCGGCAGAAUUGGUCAAGGCGGCGAAGGUUGUGGCGACGGAUCCUUAUGCUGAGAGUCCUUGGAUGGAAAGAGCGAUUGAGGAAGGCAAGAUAGCGGAAGGGGGAAAGUUGGAUGAUAUCAGUGUGGUGGUCGGGAGAGUUGUAGGGGUGUAG